AUGGCGCGCUUGCCACCGCCAAUUUAUAAUGAUAUUACUCAAAUAAUCGGUAAUACUCCAAUUGUCCGGCUAAAUCCUAAAAAAUUUUCCGUCAACAACAAUACUGCGCUACAAGAGGAAGGUGCCCGUAGUCACGGAAAUGUAGAAUACUUGGUUAAAUUGGAGUACACAAAUGGAUUAUCAGGAAGCAUCAAAGAUCGAGUUGCUAAGAAAAUUCUUGCCGAUGCCGAAAGAUCAAACAAAAUCAAGCCUGGCACCACAUUAUUGAUACCGUCGAGUGGAAACCUAGGUUUACAAUGUUUUAAAUGGGUUAGGCGGGACGUCAUCAUUGUGACUGUUAAUACUUACUUGCUAACACAUUUCAAUUCAUUGUAUUCACAUCUUUUCCGAUGUUAUAAUAUUUUUGUAGCAAUAAGUAUCGCAUUAUUAGCACGGCAACGUGGCUACAAAACCAUUGCACUUGUACCCGAACGUACAACCAUAGAUCGAAUUCAGGUGUUGAAAUCCUUAGGUGUUGAAAUCAUCAGGACGCCCAAUGAAGCAAGGCCUGGUCAUUCAGAAAGUAAUUUUGACCUUGCCAUCAAAUUGUCAACGGAAAUCGCAAAUUCUGUUGUAAUAGAUGAGUUUACAAAUCAAAGUAACAUACAAGAACAUUAUGAAGAAACUGCUCAAGAGAUAUACACUCAAGUUGAGGGAAAACUUGAUGUGCUUGUGGUCGGCGUUGAAUCCGGAGGUUCCAUUACUGGGAUCGCUAAAAGCCUUAAAGUAAACAUCCCAGGUUUGAAGGUAAUAGCAGUUGAGCCCCAACAUUCAAAGAUACGUGAGGAUGAAGCUGGAGGUUCAUCUUUCAUUCGGAAAGAUCGAAAGGUAGAGGAUAUCGGAAAUAACUUCAUACCACCAAUCAUUGACUUUACGCUAAUCGACGAGUGGAUUAAAAUAAGUGAUCGAGAUUCGUACAUCAUGGCGAAAAAAUUAAUAAGUGAAGGAUUUUUGGCAGGCCCUUCGUCGGGGUCGGUA